CAGCCCUAAGCACAGAUGGAGCCACCUCAGAGCCUGUUCGAUACUCCUGCAGAGAGAUUGGAUUCCUUUAUAGCACAUGAACUCCUCCCUACCAAGGAGUGCAAACAGGAGAUCCAUGAGGCCUUCCAGAUGAUCCAGAAAUUCCUUCGAGGCUCGUGUUUCAAGGUUGGAGAGGCCAGGGUGCUGAAGGUGCUGAAGGCAGGGUCUGUGAUGAACGGAACAAUGCUUAAGUAUGAAGGAGAAGUCCACGCUGUUGUGUUCCUCAGCUGCUACAACUAUAGUGUGGAGGCUUCCUACCACCAUGACAUGCUAAUGCUCAUGAAGGAGAAACUACAGCACUACUGGAAGAACCCGGCCUACAUCAGUGAAAUCUGCAUGGACCUUGAAGUGCCUGGCUCACUCUGCUUUACAAUUCAAUCCAAGGUGACAUCAGAGCCCAUCGAUGUGGUCAUCCUGACUGCCUACGAUGCCCUGGGAUCCUCUCAUCCCACUUGCCCACCACCCCCUGAAACCUACAUGGAACUGAUUGGGGCCAAUGGCUUCCCUGGGCAAUUCUCACCAUCCUUCAUAAAACUUCGGAAGAGUUUUAUAAAAAGUCUUCCCACUAAGCUGAAAAACCUCCUGAGGCUGGUGAAGCACUGGUACCUGCAGCACUUGAAAUUCUAUUGCCCCAAAACUCCUCUACCCCCAGUGUAUGCCCUGGAACUGCUCACCGUCUAUGCCUGGGAGACAGGGACCUUUCAAACAGAAAAUUUCAACAUGGCUAGAGGCUUCGUGAGUGUUAUGAAGCUCCUCCAGGACCACAAAGAUAUCAGAAUCUACUGGACCGAAUACUACAGCCUCCAGGACCGAGUCAUCACGAAUUUUGUGAAGCAGCAGCUGAAGAGGAAAAGACCUGUCAUCUUGGACCCAGUGGAUCCCACCCACAAUGUAGGAGAAGGAAAGCGAUGGGACGUGGUGGCCCAGAGAGCUGCCCAAUGCCUGAAAAAGAUAUGUUGUUUUGACAAGUAUAACUGCCCGAUCCCAGCCUGGAAUGUAAAGAGAGUAAGAUCUAUCCAAGUGACAGUGAAAAGACAGAAAGGAAAUAAUCUGACCAUCUGGGCAGAUCCCUUUGAGCCCAUCCAGCAAAUGAAGAAUCAUCCAAAGCUGACCACCCUCUUCCGCCACCAGCACUAUGUGUUCUACCAAGAACCUGGCAGCGAGCAAGACAUCCUUAGGUGCCACCUCACCUUCGCAGAUUAUAGGAUCUUCUCUGAUGUCAGAAUCUGCCUGGUGGAAAGAGUCAACUGUAUGAUCCAGCUCUGCGUGAAUUGCUCCAGAAACAGGAUUCCUGAGCAUUACUCCGUGGACUCCAAUGACCUUGUAGGGACGCUGAUGUCUAUGAUUGAAGAGAGAGAAGGGCUACUCCCUGGACGGUAUACUCUGAUGUUCCAGGGACAACACCUGCAUGUGGAGCACCCCCUUGGGUAUUAUGACAUCCAGAAGGAUGACACCCUUGUUCUCUCAGAGAUAGAACCCUAUUAAUUCUUCCCCAGAAAAUAAUUUGGAAAACACGUGGGAUUUUUCUUUUAAACUUUCCCAGGGAGGGGGGAGGGGAGAGAAGAAGGGAG